AUGAACGGGACAGAAGGUAUCAAUUUCUAUGUGCCGCUCUCCAAUAAAACAGGGCUGGUGCGGAGCCCCUUUGAGUACCCACAGUAUUACCUAGCCGAACCCUGGAAGUACCGAAUCGUGUGCUGCUAUAUCUUCUUUCUCAUCUUCACCGGGCUCCCCAUCAAUCUCCUCACCCUCCUUGUCACUUUCAAGCACAAGAAGCUGCGGCAGCCACUCAACUACAUCCUGGUCAACCUGGCAGUGGCUGAUCUCUUCAUGGCUUGCUUUGGCUUCACUGUCACCUUCUACACGGCCUGGAACGGCUACUUUAUCUUCGGGCCCAUAGGCUGUGCCGUGGAGGGCUUCUUUGCCACACUGGGAGGUCAGGUUGCCCUGUGGUCGCUGGUCGUCCUGGCCAUAGAGCGUUAUAUCGUGGUGUGUAAGCCCAUGGGCAACUUCCGCUUCUCUGCCACCCAUGCCUUGAUGGGCAUCAGUUUUACCUGGGCAAUGGCCUUUUCCUGCGCUGCUCCACCCCUAUUUGGCUGGUCCAGAUACAUUCCCGAGGGCAUGCAGUGCUCUUGUGGCCCAGAUUACUACACCCUCAACCCCGACUACCACAACGAAUCCUACGUUGUCUACAUGUUCAUGGUCCACUUCGUCGUCCCGGUGGUGGUCAUCUUCUUCUCCUAUGGGCGGCUCAUAUGCAAAGUCCGAGAGGCAGCCGCGCAGCAGCAGGAGUCGGCGAGCACCCAGAAGGCGGAGAGGGAGGUGACCCGCAUGGUGAUCCUAAUGGUUCUGGGCUUUCUCAUGGCCUGGACGCCCUAUGCCUUGGUGGCGUUCUGGAUCUUCACCAACAAGGGGGCGGACUUCUCCGCUACUCUCAUGUCAGUGCCUGCCUUCUUCUCCAAGAGCUCCUCUCUCUACAACCCCGUCAUCUAUGUCCUCAUGAACAAACAGUUCCGUAACUGCAUGAUCACCACAAUCUGCUGCGGCAAGAACCCCUUUGGGGAUGAUGAUGUCUCCUCAACCGUAUCCCAGAGCAAGACUGAGGUAUCCUCUGUCUCCUCCAGUCAAGUGUCACCAGCAUAGACCAUGGACAGUUUGAACUUGGGGGACCUGCCACGCUCUGGGAUCAAGAAGUAGAAAGUGAUGCACCCACGUACCCUCUGGUCCACGAACUUGUCUCAUGCGAUUACUCCCUUGUACUCCGUCAUCACAUAUUACACCUGCUCAGGUGUGCACAGGAGAGUCCUCCCCUGUGAAAAUAGCGGUGUCGAUACUGAAUGUGACCCCUCCCUGCAAACAGCUGUGCACAUACGGAACCCACUUAUGCAAAGGCUCACUUGUGCAUAUGCAAACCACUUGUGCAAGCAGCCACCCGUGCAAAUAUCAACUAAUGAAUUCUAAGCCCUCUCACGCAAACCCUUGCACGCCCUACUGCACACACUCACGCAAAGCCAUUAACAACUUGUGCAGACCUUUGUGCUCACUUGUUCAUGACCUCCCGCCCCCUUGUGCACAUAGAUUUAAGGAAAUAAAGCGUGAUUUAGGUU